AUGACCAAGCAGAAGCCACCACCACACCACUGGUCUCACCGACCGGAGACACGAGCAGGGCAGACGGCACACCUCGACGACGUCUUCAAGAAGAGCGCGGUACCCGAGGGCGUCGCCGUCGCCGGCCCCGGCCAGAAGCCCGAGGCAGAGCUUUCGCCCGGCGCUGCCACACUGUCUACCGAGCCGAAGCCCGGCCGGACCACCAAACAGCCUCUCGCUGCAACGAAGCAGCCGGAUCCGGAGAACCCAGGGCCGGCCAGAGCCAGCCACGCACGCCCGGAGCUGCCGCCCCCCGCCAUCCGCCGGAUCCACGGCGCCAGGAGCUGCCGGAGCACCACCAAGACGCCGCCGGGCCGAGCACCACCAUCCCGCGGUGACCACGGCGCCGCACAUCGCCACGCCAGAUCCGCGCUUGGCCGCGCCCACCCACCGCCAGAGCCGCGCCAGCCCGCGCCGAAGCGAGACCACCACCGCGCCGCGUCACCCCACAGACCGCCGGAGCCACACCCGCCCGCUCCGGAGCCGCGCCUGCGCGCCAGAUCCGCCCUCGCGCCUCCCAGAGAGAUGCCCCGCCGCCACCCUCCCUGUGUCGGCGCCGGAGGGGUUCCCCCCGUGUCGCCAGAGAGAGGCGACGCGGGGGUUGGGGAAGCGGAGUGUUAG